AUGAAGUCCAUCACAGAGACCGUUAUUACCCCUCUCAGGAACAGAACAGGAUCUUGCAGACAGGCUCUAAAAUCUGUCCUGCUUUAUCUCUGGGAUGUUUACUCUGCACCUGCACCUGCUGGCAGACACGUCCUGACUCUACUGUCUCUCUGUAUCACACUCGCCAUUAUCACUGGCGGCCUGCUUCAUCACUGGCUGUCAAACACUCUGAAAUACAACCAUGAAGCGUCCAUUCAGACCACCUGCAUCUACAGUGUGGCCAUGUUCCUGGUCUCCUUCCUGUGUCACCCGCUGCGCUGCGUGCUCACCAUGACUCUGCCCACCGUCUGCACCAAACAGGGACGUAAACUCCUCAUCUCGGCCUCUGUCAUGAUUUUAGUUUUGAACGUCGUCCCUAAUAUCACCGUGAACGUUGGGGUGGUCGCACGCAUCUUGAAGUGCACCGCUGAGGGUUUUACCAAGACUUUACUGAACUCAUCUGAACCGUUGAACAAAGCAAAGCGAGACCUUGUUGAGGAAGCCAUCAAAGUGAAAAGGGAAGACUUGAGCAUCGUCACCAACUUGAGGAAGUUAGAUCAUUUCACACAUGUUAAUGUGUCAGAAGUCAAAAGCAGGUUUACUAAGAUGAUUGGGCAGAUAGAGGUCAACUUCUCACAUGCCAGGAACCUGAUAAAAGAAUACAAACUGCUGUCAAACCGGAUCCUUGCUGCCAUUUUUGUUGCUUUACUAAUAUUUGAAUCUGCACGCUACUUAAAAUCUUAUCUGACAUCAGUUCAAUUUGAUAAUGGUUACAUCUCCAAAGAGCUCCUGGAUAAAGCGACUCCUGCUGGCAACAAAAAGACAGCUAAAAAUAAAAAGUAUCUGACGAGAUACAAAAUAACAAGUGAUGAAUGUACCUCUUGCUUCAUAGCACUGGUUGUGGUAACAUUAUAUUUCAUUGCAAUAACGUUAAUAGUAGCUUUGGAUCAUGUUGUGUAUCAUAUAGUUCAGGUAAUUGUGCCGUGGUUACUGGAUUUUCCACCGACAUCUGCCAGCAUAAAUGUGAAUUAUAAGGUCCACUGGUUCCCCCCUGCUUUUUGUAUCAUCCCACAAUCCUGUGUCACGCGGGAGCUCACAAACUUCCACAGGGAAUACAAGUGGACCUUUAACCCCGAGCCAUCGCUCUGUGAUGUGUCAACUUCAGCUCCGAACCAAGGAGUCAGGCUCCUGCUGGGUUGUCUCUGGCUGAUGAGCUACUCUCUGGUGUUCCUCGAGGUUUACGCCAGACGGCUGCGCAGGAAAAUCUCUGCAUCCUUUUUUAGAGAGCAGCAGGAGAGGAGAAUGGAUUACCUGAUGAAGAAAAUACAAGUGAAGCUGAAUAAAAAAGAGCAAAAAGAGACAGUUUCUGUUGAGGUUGCCCAUGGCUGA